GUAACUCACCCAAGGUCACACAGAUUCAGACCCAAGAGGUGUCCGGAGCCCACUUUGUUCUUCCCACUCUGCCUCGCCUUGACUUCCUGGUGCCAUCUGAGAGAGGCCUCUGUCUUCAGAGACAUCUUCUCGGAGCUUCUUCAGCCUUCCAGUGUGAGCUGGACCCAAGAAGCCAGAAGGUACUGGAAGCAAGCAGUCAGCACAGACACAUCAUCAGGUCCUUAAAGUCUGGAGGCUGGUCUGGUCACCUUUGAAUUUGGAAGUCCUGUCCUGCAGCAUUUUGGUACCACCAUGCCUGUGAAGAAGUACCUACUGAAGUGCCUGCAUCGGCUGCAGAAAGGCCCUGGCUACACGUACAAAGAGCUGCUGGUGUGGUACUGUGACAACACCAACACCCAUGGCCCCAAGCGCAUCAUCCGUGAGGGGCCCAAGAAGAAGGCCAUGUGGUUCGUGCUCACCCUGCUCUUCGCCUCCCUCGUCUGCUGGCAGUGGGGCGUCUUCAUCCAGAGGUACCUUAGCUGGGAAGUCAGCGUCUCCCUCUCCGUUGGCUUCAAGACCAUGGACUUUCCCGCCGUCACCAUCUGCAACGCCAGCCCCUUCCAGUAUUCUAAAGUCAAGCAUUUACUGAAGGACCUGGAUGAACUGAUGGAAGCAGUCCUGGAAAGGAUCCUGGCUCUGAAGCCAGCCCAUGAAAAUGCCACGUGGGCCCUGAACUUCACCAUCUGGAACUACACACCCCUGGUCCUAAUUGAUGAGCGGAACCCCCACCACCCGGUGGUCCUCGACCUCUUUGGGAAUAACUACAAUGACUCAGCAAGCAGCAGCCCAGCCCCUGGGAGGACUUGCAAUGCCCAGGGCUGCAAAGUGGCCAUGAGACUCUGCAGCCUCAAUGGGACCGUGUGCACCUUCCGGAACUUCACCAGCGCCACCCAGGCCGUGACCGAGUGGUACGUCCUGCAGGCCACCAACAUCUUCUCGCAGGUGCCGCCCCAGCAGCUGGUGGAGAUGGGCUACCCCGCCGAGCGGAUGAUCCUGGCCUGCCUGUUCGGGGCAGAGCCCUGCAGCCACAGGAACUUCACUGCCAUCUUCCACCCUGAUUAUGGCAACUGUUUCAUCUUCAACUGGGGCAUGAAGGAGAAGGCCCUACCUUCCUCCAACCCAGGAGCUGAGUUUGGCCUGAAGCUGAUCCUGGACAUAGGUCAGGAGGACUAUGUGCCCUUCCUCACAUCCACUGCCGGGGCCCGGUUGAUGCUUCAUGAGCAGAAGUCAUACCCCUUCAUCAAAGACCAGGGCAUCUAUGCCAUGGCGGGCACGGAGACAUCCAUUGGGGUGCUGGUGGACAAGCUGGAACGCAUGGGCCAGCCGUACAGCCAGUGCACCAUGAAUGGCUCCGAUGUCCCCAUCCGAAACCUCUACAGUGACUUCAACACGACCUACUCCAUCCAGGCCUGUCUCCGCUCCUGCUUCCAAGACCACAUGAUCCAGAACUGCAGCUGUGGCCACUACCUGUACCCACUGCCCCAUGGGACGAAAUACUGCAACAAUCAGGAUUUCCCAGACUGGGCCUACUGCUACUCAGCCCUGCUGCGGAUGAGCGUGGUGCAGAGGGAGACGUGCAUCAGCAGGUGCAAGGAGUCCUGCAAUGACACACAGUACAAGAUGACCAUCUCCAUGGCCGACUGGCCUUCUGAGUCCUCUGAGGACUGGAUUUUCCACAUCCUGUCUGAGGAACGGGACCAGAGCGACAACCUCACCGUGAGCAGGAAGGGAAUUGUCAAGCUCAACAUCUAUUUCCAAGAAUUCAACUACCGCACCAUUGAGGAAUCGGCAGCGAAUAACGUUGUCUGGCUGCUCUCGAACCUGGGCGGCCAGUUUGGCUUCUGGAUGGGGGGCUCAGUGCUGUGCCUCAUUGAGUUUGGCGAGAUCAUCAUUGACUUCAUGUGGAUCACCAUCAUCAAGCUGGUGGCCCUUGCCAAGAGCCUGCGGCAGAAGCGGGCCCAGGCUCGCUUCACCGGCCCGCCGCCCACCGUGGCUGAGCUGGUGGAGGCCCACACCAACUUCGGCUUCCAGCCCGAUGUGGCCAGCCACGGCCCCGAUGCCGCACCCUACCCCGCGGGGCAGACCCUGCCCAUCCCGGGCACCCCACCCCCCAACUACAACUCACUGCGUCUGCAGCCAUUGGAUGUCAUCGAGUCUGACAGUGAGGGCGAUGCUAUCUAGACUCUGCCACUGCCUACUCUGGGCAGCUCAGGAACUCCAGUCUGCAGAGCCCAAGGCAGCGUUCUCUAAUGCCCUUGCCACAGGGCCAGGACAGGGGUGUCCAAGUUGAGCGCUGUUGUCCCUCUGUUCACCUCCACAGAGGCCAGCUCCAGGCUGAGGUCUCCAGGGGGUCACGGUGCUGGGACUGCAGGUGGGAACUGUGUUCUCACCUAGUGCCUCCAAAGCCCCAACACGUCCUGAUCCUUGGCUUGGGAGGUCCCCAGCCAGACUCCAGAGACCCCUGGAACAUCCGCCUGUGUGGACAGUCCACUUCCCCUCAGCGCCAGGCACCAUCUGCCCCAGAGGUGAGCAGGCAGGCCUGCUGUGCUGUCUGUUCAUUCCUGGCCAUGGCCUAUGAAUGAGCUUGGUGAGGGCAGGGUUGUGGAGAGCAGGAUGAGCAGCAGGCAUGGGGCCCCUGCCAGUGGCCCAUAUUUUAGAAAAUAAAAGUAGAGAACCCUGAGUCAAGCUUAGUGCUCUGUCCAGCUGGCAUGUGGGUGAGAAGCCAUCCACGCUGGCCUGAGAGCAGAGGCCCCGCCAAGGAAAGGCCCCAGAAGUUUUCCCAGGCAGGCUCUCCCCACAUUGUGGCAAACAAAGGCCAUCUGCAACUCCAAUCGCACAUCCCUCCAGCCUAGCAAACACCUAAAGAGAGCAUCUGCAUCCUGGCUUGCCAGGGCUGCUGAAACACCACACACUGGCAUCUGAAACACCAGGAAUUUGUUGCCUUGUGGUUUUGGAGUCCAGAAGUCCAAAAUCAAGGUGUCAGCAGGAUCGUGUUUUCUCCAAAGCCUGCAGCGUUCUGUGGUGGCUUGCCGGCUAUCCAUAACUCAACGGCUGCCUCCGUCCUGUGCCCAUUCUCUCUCCCGUCUGCCACCUCCUGACUGUGUCCAGAUUUCCUCCGCUUGUCAGGAUCGCAGUCACACCGGGUUAAGGCCCAGCUGAUCCAGUUCAGCCUCAUCUUAACUUAAUGACAUCUUCAACGACUCUGCUUACAGAGGGGUUCGCACCCACAGGACCAGGGGUGAGGAUUUGAACGUGUCUUUGUGGGGGACAUGACCCGAUCCAUAAAAAUCUCUUUCCCAACUGUCACAGCAAAAUCCCAAGCUGGCAUUCAUUGGUCACUGACUGGGUCACAUGUCUGUCUCUGAGCCAAUCACUGUGGUCAGCUGGAUAGGCCGCUCAGAUUGGUCAGACCUGAAUUCAUCUGCCCGCCCCCUGAAGCCAGUUUGCCCCCCCACCAGAAUCAGCAAUUGUGGGGCGGGGGAGGGGCGGGGAGCAUAAUUCCUAGGGUUGCCAGAUAAAACAGUUAAAUUUACACUUGGCUAAAUUUGAAUUUCAGAUAAACCACAAAUACCUUUUUAGUAUAAGUGCAUCCAUGUAAUAUUUGGAACAUAUUAUAUGA